UACGAUAUUAGAAUGCGCACAGAUAUCGUUGAUAGAAUGAAAAAUAUACGACAAGGAACGCAAAGAGGAACAGAGUCUAGGAAUAACAAACUUCGUCGUCUCUUCGUGUGCCCCCUUCCACGUGCGGUCCAGAGAGAGGAUCAGAGGAGCGACGAGUAAUCUAAGAAAGGAGGGAACGAAAACACCGAGUGAUGGACGAAAGAGGGAAAAGCGAGGUGAAAUGACGGAUUCAAAGGAGCAAGCAGAGCAGAAGGGAGAGGAGGUGAAGAGAGCGAGAACAAGAUGGAGAAAGAGAAAGAGAGAGAGCGAGGUGAGGCAAGGCGAGCCGGUGAUCGUAGUGGGAUCGACAAAGCUACCUGGUUCCACGACGGCCACUUUCGACGGCAGUAACCACGAAGACGCCAUGACGACACAAUCACCCACAUCGUCCACGACUCGGCUCUCCUCGAUUGGUCUAGUCGCAGCGAUUUAUCUUCUUCUGGCGACACAGAUAUGCAGCGCAGCUUAUUACGGAAAGCUUAUUGGCAAGCUGUCGGAACUUCAUCACGGCGUCAGCGGUGAAGUUUACGCGGUGGACGGGCGAACUCUGUUCAUCAAGGACUUCACGUACGACGGCGAAGCACCAACCGCUUACUUUUACGUCGGUACAUCGAAGAGUCCUAAUGGAAACGGAAUCAGGCUCCGGGACGAGCGUGGAUCAUCGAACACGUUGAAGCGGUAUCGUAGGAAGGACAUCACGCUCACGUUACCCGAUGGCAAGACGCUGAGCAACGUGAAGUGGUUCGCCGUGUGGUGCGACGAAUUCUCCGUUAACUUUGGUGACGUCAGAAUACCACGAGGAUUCGAUUACCCAAAACCUCAAAAAUUGGCAGCUCUGAACGGAGUACACGGAGUAAGCUCCGAACCAAUCGUCGUCGUCGAUGCACAAACCCUCUUGAUACCAAGCUUCAGCUACGAUGGCGAGGCGCCUGAUGCGAAAUUUUGGGUUGGAGCUGGACCAUCGCCGUCGCCGCAAGGUAUUCGCGUACCAGACGAGAACGGAAAGGAGCAGCCACUACGUCGAUACGAUCGCAAAGCCAUCGUGCUGACGUUGCCCGGGGAUCUAACGAUCCACCAGAUCGGCCACUUCGGCGUCUGGUGUGAGGCGUUUACCGUGGACUUCGGCCAUGUACAAAUUCCGCAAGGUCUUAACGUGCCACCAUCCCUAAAGAUGCUCGGAGUUUCACCGCAGUCGAAACUGAACUGCGAAGUGCUGGAGGACAAGCUGGCUUUUGAGGUGCGAUGGGCCGUGGCCGGAGACAGCAUAGUCGCCCAACUCGUUGGAAAACUUGACGAUGGACAAUACAUGGCGUUCGGAUUAUCAGCGAAUCCGGAAAGAAGCUUAAUGGUCGGCGGAGAUGUCGUGGUCGCCUGGGUCGAUAAGCAAACCCUUCAAGGCUACGCUGUCGAUUACUUUUUGGAUGCUAAAUCUCAAUGUUCCGGAAGACGAGGCAGCUGUCCAGACACACGCAUACAGGAGAACACGAAUUCUAUUCGAUUGUUGAACGCGGCACUGGUGGACGGAUAUAGCAUUGUCACGUAUCAGAGACCACUGAAGACGAACGAUGAACUGGACCAUCAAAUCCUGACAAACGGAUCGCAGGCGAUCAUCUGGGCCAUCGGCCCACUAAACGAGAGGCAAGAGGUCAGCUUUCACUCCGACUAUCUGAAAACCGAUCGUUUCAUCGAUUUCGGUAGACCACCGGUUUGGAAUUGUCCCGUUCCAGAUCACGAGCAUUCUCAGGUAUUCGCGGACAGCACCGAUGCCAGGGACAGUGACAAUCAGCAACUAAUUGUAACUACGAGAAGACCUCAACGUGUAGCAACCCCUGCACCGGCGGCUAAGGACGAUGCUUGGGAAAUUCCAGCCAUUCAAUGUUACGAACCCGAAGACGGAGUAUUGUAUGCCCAGAUGGGACCUACGGGAGGAAAGCACGGCUAUCCUGCUAUUACUGGUCACGUUGGUUGGGGAAUUUCGUGGUAUAUAAAUGGCCUGCUAAUUCCGGAGAUCAACGUGGUUCGUGGAAAAAAAUACACUUUCGUAGUGGAAGGUGGGGAAAAUGCCGAUACUCCGGCUCGUUAUCAUCCCUUUUACAUUACCGAUGACCCCGUUGGUGGAUACCAACACAAGACACCCGAGGAGAAAGCCAAAGUGAAAAUAUUUGCCGGCGCUCAACGUCAACGUGGAGUAUAUCGACCAACGGGUGUCGGACGUCUAUGCAACUGGGUGCCAGAUCAGAAUCAACCCCUAGCGGACGAAUUCUCGUCGUUCGGCGCUUAUCAGCGUACGCUGACUUUGGAAUGCGAUCAUGGUGAACCAGGUUUUGUAGAAUGGGUCCCGGAUGAGAACACGCCUGAUACUGUGUACUAUCAGUGUUUCACACAUCGCUAUCUGGGAUGGAAGAUAAACGUUCAUGACAGUUGUGACGCCGGAGAAGCCGCUGGCAGCGAGAACCACGAGGUCUACGUGGACCCGAAGAAUCAGCGACCGAGCGGGGAUCUCGAAAACAGCCACAGCAUCCGCGUGUUGAGCAAGGUAACACCAACGGCGGAGUUCCUCCGGCAGCCUCAACAUUCUCAUCAUCCUCAUAGCGAACACGGGCUUCGUUAUUCUUAUCAUCCAGCGACUAACCCUGACAAGCUAAGCACAUCAUACACGCAGUUACUAACGACCGCUAACAACAACAAUUACGUGCGCUUGAAAUCAUCGCCGUCGUACGAGGAGCCAUACACCUUGAGACCUUCGUACAACACGCCGGGCCACGAUGCUGUGCCGCAUCGUCACGAGGUACGCCAGCAUCACAAUCAUCACUAUAAUCAUCACCACCAGCUCGCACCGAUCUAUCGCGAACAAUCGAUGGGAGUCACCAGACUGACCUCCUCCUACCCUGGCCGACAGCAAAUCAUGGAGAUCCAACCGGAACUCCUUCGGCAACCCUCUAACCAGCAAUUGUCUAACCUCGUUGCAGAUAAUCCACGACCACUGAACCAUGGGAUGAAAUACACAUAUCCGGCUACCGCCAGUCCACAGAUCCCAUAUUCCAGGCCGGUGUCUCACCAUUACGCGCCCAAUUACCAUCAUCUUUAUCACCCGCCCCUCCCCGAUCAUUAUCAUCAUCACCAACCGGACCAGAGGACUCAACUGAUGUUCGUCAAGAGACCGAUGUUGACACGUCGACCGAUGUUGCAGACGAUGCCCCAGCCCACCCUUCCUCUACCCUCGAGAUCGGUCUUCAUGGAACGAAAGAAGACUGUUUACAGACCGUCCUCGUCCACUUACGGAAAACGAACAGCGGAAAGACAGUCUCAAGGAAACGAUAACACACAGAUCGCGAAGCUCAAGAAAAUCGAUUCGAAGCAACAUCGAACGAAACUAGAGACCAAAGUAUCCAGCUUGGACAUACCCAAUAUAUUCGUCACUCCGAUAAAGCCGGCGAGAAACACGGGGUUCAAUCCAGACUCGAUAGUAAUCGAAAGUGGCUUCAAACCGAUCAUAAGAAAUAUCGAGAAAGCUACAGACGUGGCUCAAAAGAGAGUCUCCGAGAAAGUGGAGCAAGAAGAAGACGUCCGUCUUCGGGAAACUUUGAACCAUAAAGCAGUCGAUAACUUCGAGCCAGUUUUCAUACCUUCGCCACCAGUUCCGACAGUUGCAACCGUUAAAAAAUCGAAGAAAAAAUCUACGAACGCGAAACCGCGUCCUAGUGACGCGAAUGACAUGGAAAUGGCUGCUGACAGAAUGAACGCUUAUUAUUUGCCGCCACUUCCCGGACAAUUUCCGAACAAUCCGCCACCUUCGCCCUCGCCUUCGUCCGAAGUGCUAAUUACGUUUGAUGGCAAAAUGUUGAAGGAUUCCAGCUUGGUCAGAUCUAUUUCUGGAAUCGGGGAACACUCUAAAAGUAAGCUAUCCUCGGACGUUCUGAGCAGAACGCCACAAUUUGGAAGAUUUAAAGGGGAAUUACCACCGCCAAUUCCUGGAGAAGUUCGAUCGGAUCAAUCUCAACUUGAAAAGCAUCGUCUUCCAGCAGGUUUGCCCGAGGCGAGGACAACGAAGAACACGAAACUAACACUCGUCGAAAGAUCAAAAAGAUCUCCGCACGAAGGACAUGUACACGUUACGGAUUUUCAAACGAAUAGCUCUGAAACGAGUCACCGUGAACAUCACGAUCUCCACGAUCAUCGUAGUCAUGGAAAUAUGAUGUCUAAAUUUGUCAACGCGGGUCAAAUGAUCAUUGCUAAUUUAGGGUACAUAUUUUUGGGCGUGAUAGCUUAUCACGUUAUUUGAUAAAGUUGCUUUCCGAAUGAAUAAUACUUCCGCAGGUACUCAAUCGUUUGAAAUACAUUGGAAAUAGAAUAGAAGGCGCUAAUUAUAUCUGUAAAUUACUUGAAAUGGUUAGUUGACUGAAUCAUAGCUGACACAUCAUUACUUUUGUCGCAUUCUUUUGAUUCAGGAAGACUAAUAUACUGAAUGCGCGUAAUGUACAUGACUUCGCUGAUAUUGACGAUGUAAUCGACAUGAUAACACGGGAGAGGAAUAUAACUAACCACGAGAUGAUGAUCUUUUAUUUAUUCAGCUAUUUAUUAACGAAUUAUUGUCCCUUAUCGUACGAGAUAGAACGUCUAACCAUUAAUACAGUACCAAACCAUCUGUACCAGUUAUCGAAUAAAUUAGCUAUUAGUUAAUACUGUUCGCCAGAUCUCCAGUUUCAUAGCAAGAACUUAAUACCUUGAUUAUUUAAAGGGACAGAAGUUAACACUUUCAACUGUUAAGGUGCAAGAAGGAAUAAUAAAUAGAUUUUAUUAUUCUACGUGCUAUGACAACGGUUUGUUGUAUCUUAAGGUAUAUUAUAUAUUUGUACAUAAGUUAAAUUAAUUGUUAAUAAAGAGAUUGUGUAAUGGAUUAAAUUUUCCUUCCACUGUCUCGAUUUUGAUCAUCGAAUUCCUUUCGAUUCAAGGACAAUGUGGAAUUGACGUAAAAAAUCUUCGCUAACUAGUAAACACAUUCUCAGCGAAAUACCAGUAUCUACCUUUAUAGGGAUUUUUUUUUUUUUUGUUAACGAUGGGAGACUCGACCCAGGCCGACGAAAGACAUUAAGCAACAUUUUAUUAUAUAGAAAAAGAAAACAAACAAAUCUUACAAAACAAUGAGCACAUUAACAAUUAUACACGAUCGUAUAGUUAUAAUAUGUAUAAAGAGCGUGCAGGCCACGAUCAGUCGGAUUAUUCGAAAAUAAUCGUCAAGUGGAUACGCGAUAAGCAAAAAUACAAUGUUAUUCGUACGUUUUUCCGAUGAAAGGGAAGAUUGUUGACAAACCUGCAUUUGCACUCACAGUCUGCAUAUCAUCAAAAAUCCACAUUUAAGUAACCAUCAAUGGCACGCGAAACAAUUUGCCUUGUUUAUCUUACAGUUCGCGGGCAAAACUCGAAAGAAAUUAACCAGUGAAUAAUUCCCAUAAAACUCGAAAGAAACUAACCAGUGAAUAAUCUCCAACAUUGUUUUGUUGAAAUUAAUAUGACCCUUAAUUUCAUGUAUAUAUCCAUUUGAUUCUAUGUCGAAUUAUAUUUCAAUUUAUACUUAUAUUAUAAUUUAUACUAUAUGUUCCAAUUUUCAUUAAACGAAUUGAAAUUUUCUCGUCAAAACAUGAAUAUUACUACAGAUAUAUCUAACUUACCAAAAUUGACAAACUUCACGAUUUCGAGCAUUUACAGACUGCUUCUUCCAAACAUUAGUUUGAUUCGCUCUAACCUUAAAAGUAAUACGACGCUUACGAACAUGAACCAUAUCGUAUUUGGUUAUUACAUUUAUAUUAUUAUUACAUACCUAAGUUGACAAUGUAUUUACAUAUGUUACACGAUUUCUUUUCUACUUAACAGUACGCGCGUAAGAUGCUCCAUGGAACACAGAGUUUACAAUAAAAGCGAUAUUCAUUUCGAUCCUACAAUCGAUUUAAAUACGCUUGAACUUCAUAUAUGAAUAUAUAGUCAAAGACAUGGCUCAAAUAAAUUACAAAUAUUUGUUCAUUACUACAAUCCGUAUAUUCGCGUUUGCUUUGAAGCUAUGAGAAACGCCAUUUCUGUUUCUUUGUUUUUCUUCUUUACACAACUCGAAAAUUAAUCGAGCUGUUCAUUAUGGAUUAAAGUUGUGUUGAUUAACGGCGUGGUUUUCCUUUCAACGACAGUCGCGAGAAGGCCUCGUUUCUCUCGGUAAACAGCGACACCAAUUUUAAUAAUCAUCUCAUGAUUAGUUGAAAUUUCGGGUACUUAUUAAUAGCCACGCAAUACGCAGCUAAAUAAUUUAAUACUAACGGUAACGCCAACGUUACAUAUUUAGCGUUGUAUUUACGUAUUUUAGCGAGGUUGAUUUUCUUGCAUAAUAAUUUCAUUCUAUAGUACAUAUUACCUCUUUUCCUCUCCUUAGAUCCUAGAUCACUAUUGCCAAUGAUUCAGAAAUUGAUCGCAGACCGCAAUCAUUCCUUCGAUUAUUGCCAAACAAGACGUACAAAUGCAAAAUGUAUAUUCAGUUGCAAAUGGCAAUGAAAUCGCCAAUAUUCUAUGAAAGUGUGUAAUAUACAGAUCAGUUGAUGGAAUGUUUUCUGCAUUCUUGCUCCUACGUUUUCCCUGGCGAUAUAAAACGAAAAGUACUCUGCCGUGGACUUAUUGAGAUAUUAAAAUUUUUCAAUAGAAAUAUACGUCUGUUAGUAAAAAUACUAUGUUUCAGUAAUCACUUUUCUAAACAUACAAGAUGAAUUAAUUAAUUUCAUUGAACGGUACUUAAAAUAACGUCAUGACUGUUUCCUUUUUAAAUCACUAGUGAGAGAUAAUUCCAAUAUAAAAUAA